UUUGCCGGAGGACGUUACAAAGAAUCGUUCUUAUCACCGCCAAGUAAAUAGUACUAUUGUUCGAACCCUUCUGCUUCAGUUGACCUAGUUCUGUUGGUUUCCACUAUGUCUGACUCAGAGGAUAGUAAAAGCAGUGCCGCAGAGAAAAGUGUUUCGGACGAAAAUCCUUCUGCUAAAUCUUCAACGGCCGAUGGGGAUCACGGUGAAAAGCACAGUGCAGUCGUCGCUUCUCAUUACAACAAAAUCGAGGAUCGUGGAUUACUCGCCCGUAAAAGAUCGAACAUUAUUUUCUUGCGAAACUUCAACAACUGGAUCAAAAGUGUAGUUAUUGUCAAAUACACAGGCCUCGUAAAGGAUCGAACUCCACUCGGGUCGCCAUUCAGAGUGUUGGAUUUGUGCUGUGGAAAAGGAGGUGAUCUAUGCAAAUGGAUUAACGCGAACGUGACCCAUCUGAUAUGCACAGACAUUGCACAGGUCAGCCUGGAGCAGUGUGAGUCGAGGUUCAACUCGAUGUUUUCACCGGAUCGGGAGAUGCAACGGCGCCCGAAGGUGGAAUUUUUCGCAGCAGAUGCCACUCUGCAGCAGCUUCGCACCAAGUACAUGGAUCCAUCGAUGAAGCUGCAUCUAGUUAGCUGCCAGUUUGCCUUUCAUUAUUCGUUCGAGUCGUUUAAGCAAGCGGACUGCAUGAUGAAGAACGCAGCCGAGUGUCUGGAAGAAGGUUUCUACUUCAUCGGAACGAUGCCCGAUGCCUACGAAAUUAUGAAACGCCAGCGGAUGGCCAUGUCGGAAUCGUUCGGAAACGAUAUUUACAACAUAAAAUUCCUCUGCGAUACGGACAAUCCUCCUUUGUUUGGUGCAAAAUACAAUUUUCAGCUUGACGAGGUCGUCGACUGUCCAGAGUUUCUCGUUCACUUCCCUACGUUUGAAAAGCUGGCCCUGAAACACGGUCUGCGGUUGGUCGAGAAGAGGCGAUUCGAGGAUAUAUUUGAAGAAUUUAGGGUCCCCAAGCAGGGGUUGCUGGAGAAGAUGCAAGCGCUCGAAACCUAUCCCCCGUACCAUGGACGAAACAAUUUCGAGGGGCAGCGAAAAGAUCCGGAACAGUAUGCGCACGUCGAGGAUUUCGCAAAGGAGAUGUCCAGUGAGCAAAACUUUCGUGCUGGGACACUAUCGUUAAAGGAAUGGGAAGCUGCAUCUCUGUACUUGUUCUUCGCAUUUCAAAAGAUGAAAACAAGCUAUGACGCGCAAGGGCGUCCGGUCUAUUCGUAAGAUUGUACUUUCAAUGGACUGACGAGAAUAAGUAUAAUAAGUCAUUUAACACGUUAAGCGCUACGUCGGUCUCGUGGGGCCGACAGUGUUCUUGCCCGUAAGCCGGCGUCGGUCUGUUCGGACCGACAGACCCCGUUAGGUAGGCCGGCGUUUCUACGAAUCGCUGCCCGAAUGGAAAGCAGUGCAAUUUGCGCAUAGCACUUAACGUGUUAAGUUCCACUGUUUUAGGAAUAAUACCAAAAGAAUUGCUAACUGAGCAUGCAAGGCAAUAGCAAAAAUAAACGGUGAGAAUGGAAUAAAAGUUAAGUUUAA